AUGUUUGCAUCCGCAGAUCAUCUUAAUGUGCAUAAAAUAGCAAAGCAUUCUGUGGUAAUUAUAUGUUGUCAUCUAAAAGAUUAUGGUCGUUCAAAUAGAAUAAAUCGUUUUGAAAUGGAAGCACAUUAUUUAACACAAGAACAUCAACUUGCAAUAAUCAACUGCAUACGCAAUUUAUUAAACAUUCGGAUAAAUGGACAUUUUGAAGAUGAAUCUGAAAUAAUUCUCAGUAAAUUACAAAAAGUAUAUAAGACUAUCGAUAUUCUUGUUGAUGGAAUUCAAACUUUAAAUAACGAUGUAGAACGCCAUAGUAAUGAAUCAUGUGAAAGGCAAGAGUUAAUAGAAAAUUUGACACGAGCUAUCUCAUUACUUAAAUUAACCUGUACAAAGUCAAAUAGUUCGAUAAAUUAA